ACCUGUUAUGUGUGGAUCCUCUGGAUUAGACACACACACAGGAGCUGUCUGUCUGCUGCAGGUAUGUCUGCUCAGGUCAAUCUGCUCAGCCCCGCCCUCCAGCACUGGACGCAGCUGCACUGUCAGCCUGACUGAGGAGCUACUAAGCUUCACACAGCAGUCCAGCAGCAGCAGCAGCAGCAGCGCGUUGGAAGACACUGGGAGGAGGAAGAGUUUGGACUGGGUUGAGAUUAUGAGACUGGGCAUGACGGUGCGGGCCAAGCUGAGGGUGUAGCCACAUCUGGCAGAGACUGCUGAAGUAAGCAGGAGCCUCCGCACACCAUACCGACUACUGCAGCGGAGGAAGAUGGGUGAGACAGAGGAGGAGAGGGAUAAUGUGGGGAAGCUCUUUGAUGACUUCGUCCAGGCCUCGAGCUGCAAGGGAGCCCUUCAGGCCUUCAACGUCCUCUGUAGGAGGCACGACCUUGACCCUGCAGACAAUGACACCUUCUACAGCAGCCUGAAGGCGAAGGUCACCUCCUGGAAGGCCAAGGCACUAUGGAGUAAGCUGGACAAGAGGAUGUUGCAUAAGGAGUACAAGAAAGGCCAGGCCUGUGUCGGCACCAAGUGCCUGAUCAUCGGAGGAGGCCCCUGUGGCCUGCGGACGGCCAUUGAGCUGGCUUUGAUGGGCGCCAAAGUGGUGGUGAUCGAGAAGAGAGACUCCUUCUCGAGGAACAACGUGCUGCACCUCUGGCCCUACACCAUUCAUGACCUGCGGGGCCUCGGGGCCAAAAAGUUUUACGGCAAAUUCUGCGCCGGGGCCAUAGACCACAUCAGCAUUCAGAAGCUGCAGCUGGUCCUACUGAAGGUCGCCCUGAUUGUUGCAGUGGAGUUUCACAUCAAUGUGGAGUUUGUCAAGCUGUUGGAGCCUCCAGAGGAUCAGGAAAAUGAAGGGGUUGGGUGGAGGGCUGCAAUCCGACCCGCUGAUCACCCCGUGGCUAACUUUGAGUUUGACGUCGUGGUCGGGGCUGACGGACGCAGGAACACUCUGGAAGGUUUCAAAAGGAAGGAGUUCAGGGGGAAGCUGGCGAUCGCCAUCACAGCCAACUUCGUCAACAGGAACACUACUGCAGAGGCCAAAGUAGAGGAGAUCAGCGGCGUGGCGUUCAUCUUCAACCAGAAGUUCUUUCUUGACCUCAAAGAGGAAGCGGGUAUCGAUCUGGAGAACAUCGUGUACUACAGGGACAACACGCAUUACUUUGUCAUGACUGCCAAGAAACAGAGCCUGCUGGACAAGGGAGUCGUCAUUAAUGAUUACAUAGACACCGAAAUGCUGCUGUGCAGUGAAAAUGUCAACCAGGAAGCUCUUCUGUGCUACGCCCGAGAAGCUGCUGACUUUGGCACCAACUACCAACUUCCCACGCUGGAUUUUGCCAUGAACCACUGCGGGCAGCCAGAUGUAGCAAUGUUUGACUUCACAAAUAUGUACGCCUCUGAGAACGCUGCUCUGGUCAGGGAGAGAUAUGGACACCAGUUGCUGGUAGCACUGGUUGGCGACAGUCUGCUAGAGCCCUUCUGGCCCAUGGGGACGGGUUGCGCCAGAGGCUUCUUGGCUGCCCUUGACACAGCCUGGAUGGUAAAGAGCUGGGCUGAGGGUCGGACAGCUCUGGAGGUGUUGGCAGAGAGGGAGAGCAUUUACAGGCUACUUCCACAGACAACAACUGAAAACAUUGCCAAAAACUUUGACCAGUACACCUCAGACCCUGGGACGCGAUACCCCAACCUUAACUCCUCUUGUGUCAGGCCUCACCAGGUGCGUCACUUGUACGUCAGCGGAGAGCUGAAUUCCUGCUCUCUGGAGCGUUCUGCUACCAUACGCCGGCCCGUCAAUCUCUGCAGACGAGAGUCAGAGAUCAGACCGGCAAGGCUUCUUACCUGGUGCCAGAAACAGACCGAGGGCUACAGGAAUGUGAUGAUUACAGACUUGACGUCUUCUUGGAAAAGUGGCAUGGCCCUCUGCGCCCUCAUCCACAGGUUCAAACCCCAGCUGAUAGAGUUUGACUCGUUAAACGAGGAAGACCACUCCGCAAACCUCCAGCUGGCUUUUGACAUCAGUGAGCGUGAAUUUGGGAUCAAAUCCUUCACAUCUGUGAAGGAGCUGAGUGACGAUCAGCAGCUGGAUAAGACCAGGAUGAUCACCUACCUGUCCAAGUUCUACGAGCUGUUACGUGGCACACCUCUACCUGCCUCAGGUUCCAGAGGAGUGGAUGAAAACAAUGAAGAUUAUCCAUCUAAGGAAGUCAGAAGUAAUAAUAAUGUGCUUAAUCUUGCACUGCCCAGGAAACGGGUCCCAAAGGAUGAAAAGAAGUCAGACGGUUCAGAUCCCAUUUACAAAAGAAGGCGGAAAUUCUGCAGUUAUCUGGAGGAGGCUACCAAUCUGUCCAGUAAUGGCUCCGCAGUGCGAGAGGACAGAGAGCCCAAGGAAAACAAAGUGCGCUCAAUGGCUUCUCAGUUGGUGGCCAAGUUUGAAAGCACACCCAACUACACCGCCCGGAAAACACAGUCAGACUGCGAGAGGUCCUCUCUGCUGCAAACUCUUGACCUGGAUGAGAGUCUGCACAUUAAACUCAGGCCUCCGGUCCCACCUAAACCUCCUCCUGAGACGCAGGUAGUCUGGAGCCGCCAGACGGCGUUUGAAGUCAGUAUCAGAAAAGCAGCAGAACACUUAGUGCCUCCAAAGACUCUACCUAAACCUCAGCUCCAGCCUGAGUCCCAGCAUCCAUUUUCUGUAGUGAAGCUCAGACAUGUUGAUCAGACGCACGCUGAGACGAAGGCCCAGCCUCAGCCUGAGAGUGCAGACCCCCCUGCUUCUUCUUCUUCUCCCUCCUCCUGCCAAUCCGCAAUCCAUUUCAUGUCAAGAGUCCUCCAGCGCCUCAGGGAGGUGGAUGAACACGUCUCUGAGAAAAAAGCUCAGACACAACAGGCUAGAGAGUUUCACACAAAGAGUAUAAAGGACAAGGCUGUUCACCUUAGAGGGUUGUUCUCAGCAGAAAGCUCUGCUGGACUCAAGGGCGGCCCAGUACGAAGGGCGUUCCUCCCGUCGGGUGACAAGUGUCACUCAUGCGAGAAGCGUGUUUAUAUGGUGGAGAGGGUCUGUGCCGAGGGGCUCUACUUCCACAGGGAGUGUUUCCGCUGUUCCACCUGCAGCUCGUCCCUGCGACAGGGAGCUCAUGCCUUCGACUCUCUACAGGGGAAAUUGUAUUGCAAACUUCAUUUUGAUCAACGCAAAAAUGGGACAAACCUACAGAGGAACUUUUCUCUACGUUCAAGUCGUCAUGGAGCUGGAGUUCAGGAGCCAUGUGCCGUUGAUGGACAGAGCUCCGAGUCCAGCAGCACAGCAGACCUGCAGAGUCCAUCCUCAGCAGGUACCUUCAGCUCGUUCAUGAGGAAACGCCUGAGCUGGCCCCUGAGCGUGACUCGCGCUGUGUGUAACGCCUCCUGGUAUCUGUCCCAUCGUGUGCGUAGUACAGCGCGGGCCCUCGCCGGCCACCUGAGGGACAAUGCCCAGGACUAUGCGUUCAUGUAUGAGCUACUGAGCAUGAGCUUGCCCCUGCUGCUUGUUUUACAAGAGGUACUGCUGCAGAUGCACACAGAGGCUGCGCCCGACGGGCCCGGCUCUCUACAGCCUCUACUGCUGUGGCUGCAGGAGCAAAUAGGGCACCGGCUCAUUUAGACGUGUUAAUAUUUGACUUCAAAAGCCAUUAAAUCCGUGGCUGAGAUCCACAUUUAAAGGAGUGUUCUUGUCAUUAUACCAUUUGUAGCCGUGCACAAGCACCUUUGUGAUGUUUACUUGCCUUUUAUGAUGCUCUCAGUGUCUUGGUUGUAUUUGUGCAUCAGCCAAAGAAGAGACACUGUAGGUUGCUCAUGCAACUUUAUGCAAUUUACUACAGGGGUUAAUGAAAGCUGCACCAAAUCUUUUUUUUGCAGUGGGUUUGCUGUGGAAACUGUGCUUUAAUUGUAGGGUUAAAAUAAGUUAAACAAAUAGAUUUAAAUUAAAACAGGCCACAGUCGGUGCAUUAAAGACUUGAGACUGCUGAAAUCAUCUUUGCUGUAGAACUCAAUCUUUGGAAAAUGGAUCCUGCAGUUAUAAAUGCUUAACUCAGGUUACGACUGACUAACUUGAUGCACUUUAUCUUUGGGAACUGCCUGGUCGGCGCAGCAGUAAACUGUCAGCUCUCAUGUUAACGCUGAAUACCAGACAGGUUUUCUUUUGACUAUGCAUAUGUGCUCCUGCCAUAUAUAUUUUUUUCUUUUAUAUCCAUAUAUAUGCAGGUGUUUGCUCAUUGUCUUUUUAUACUCAACUCCGUUUACUUUCAUGAACAGCUUUUAUUGAUUAUUGAAUGGAUAACACCAAAGAGUCUCUCCUGUCUGGUGAGUUUCCUUCUCAGUAUUUACUUCUACUUUGCUGCCAUCUACUGUUGACUCUCAGAAAAACCAUGAAGGCUAAAUGAGACACCCCGCCCCCCUUCAUUUUUUAUAAACCUCUCUGUAUAACACUAAGGAGAAUUUUAAAUAUGUCAUAUUUUUUUGAUUUACUGUAGACAAUAGAAGCUGGCGAGCAUGCUGUGAUGUGUUUGAAUGUGUUUGCCACUCUUGCCAUAAUUUUAAAGCAUGUUGUUGGAAGAUCAACUGCGAGCCUCUUUUUGACUGGAAGCCACACAGUUGCUUCCUAUUCAACUAAUCUAAUGAUGCUUACAGUAUGAAGCACUUUUUGUUUUGUUUAUAUAAUAUUUGAAGACUUCAGGCAUUGUUUUAAGUGUUUACAGCAUGAUGUGCUGGAUAUGCAAUAUGAUGUUUGUGUUUUGUUGUCAGCUACCUAAUAUUUCAUGAUGAAUUACUGAAUCUGCUGCAUGUAAUAUGAGGUAGUUUACAGUGUUUUAUAAAACCAAAGAACUCUUCUCAUACACCCUGACUGGACUUUUCUUUUAUACAUCUGUAUGACAAGAUGACAAUCAUGCAAACGGUUAACAUGUGUAAUGGUGCCGACAUACAAAUAUCGUCUUCAUUAUUGAAUGUCAUUAUUUUUGCUUUGUUUUCAUAAACUUUUUCUACUUUUG